CCCCUAAAGUGCAGGGAAAGAUAUGCUAUUGCAGGCUCUUUGUUUACAAACGCUGCGGUGUAUGCUCAUUCUACCUUAAAUAGUGCAAAGUCCAGCCCAGACUGUAUACAGUAGACUGCAGGAUGUUGCAGUUCUCUGGUUACAAAGCUUGUAAAGCAGCUGUGAAAUAGGAUUGGUGGCACUUUAAAUCACUGCCUUGUAAUGAAUGGGAUAUUCUCUUUUCCUCGCCUGUCUAUUAUUAGCCACGGAGCGAGGCCUUGAACGGUGAGUGGUAGUGGUUAUGUGACGGUCAGAGCUGCUGCUCUGCUGCGCACCGACAGGGCUGCAGAUCAGCGCCCGCCUCUGAGGCUCUGCAGUUGGAAUCUUCGCACUGAUCUCUCCCCGGGGCGUAGGAGAAAAGACUUCCACUGUCCACUGUCAACACCCGCGGUCGGUAGGGUUCGCCUGUUUUCAAGCUGCAAUCACUUUCGCCUCGAAGAUGAAGUUAAAGAGGAGCUGGCGUCAGGUGCAAGCCGCAUCCGAUGGAGCUGCGUCGCUUUUCUUCUCCUCCAUCGACCAGCUCCACGCUUCACUUCCUUAUGCUACGGUCUCAGAUGAAGGAUUCUGAUAUGGACUAUGAGAGACCAAACGUUGAGACUAUCAAGUGUGUGGUGGUGGGAGACAAUGCAGUUGGAAAGACCCGCCUCAUAUGUGCCCGGGCCUGCAAUGCUACGCUGACUCAGUAUCAGUUGCUGGCCACACAUGUGCCCACGGUCUGGGCCAUUGACCAAUACAGAGUCUGCCAGGAGGUAUUAGAGCGUUCCAGGGACGUGGUGGAUGAUGUCAGUGUGUCCCUUCGGCUCUGGGACACCUUUGGGGACCAUCAUAAGGACCGUCGCUUUGCAUAUGGCAGAUCAGAUGUGGUGGUUCUGUGCUUUUCAAUCGCCAACCCCAACUCUCUGUACCAUGUAAAAACCAUGUGGUAUCCUGAGAUCAAACACUUCUGCCCCCGAGCCCCUGUCAUCCUGGUGGGCUGUCAACUCGACCUCCGGUAUGCAGACCUGGAGGCCGUGAACAGAGCACGGAGGCCUUUGGCAAGACCCAUUAAGUCCAAUGAGAUUCUCCCUCCAGAGAGAGGCAGAGAGGUGGCCAAAGAGCUGGGAGUGCCAUAUUACGAAACCAGUGUUGUGGCUCAGUUUGGAGUCAAGGACGUCUUUGACAAUGCAAUCCGAGCUGCGCUCAUCUCACGCCGCCACCUUCAGUUUUGGAAGUCUCACCUCAGAAAUGUGCAGCGCCCUCUCCUUCAGGCACCUUUCCUGCCUCCAAAACCUCCCCCACCUAUAAUCACUGUGCCUCCUCCCCCAACCACCACAGAGGAGCAUCCUGUCGGCCUCCUGGAGGACCCACACUGUGCAGAUGUCAUACUGGUUUUGCAGGAACGACAGAAAAUCUUUGCACAUAAAAUAUACCUGUCUACAUCCUCCUCAAAAUUCUAUGACCUCUUUAGUAUGGAGCAGCACAAUGAAGAGAGUGAAAGGCCCCCUCGUGCACCACUCUCGGGUCGAGACCUGCUGAUGCGUGCUGCUAGUUUUGAUGUUUGUGAGAGCAGUGAUGAUGGAGACAGGGCCAACCUUAGGGCCUGCACCAGUGAUGGAACCUUGAAAGACUCUCAAGGAAGUCGUAAAGGCAGACUGCUGUCCUCCUGGAGCCGAGCAUUCGUCAGCAUCCAGGAGGAGCUCGUUGACGACCCACUGACUUAUACGCCAAGGGCCAUGACUGUAGUUCACAUGGAUCAGUCCAUGCAGCUUGGUCCUUUCCAUGCUGUCCUCCGUUACCUGUACACUGGUCAGCUGGACGAAAACGAGAAAGAGUUAAUGCACAUUGCACACAUUGCUGAGCUGCUGGAGGUGUUUGACCUGCGGAUGAUGGUGGCAAACAUACUUAACAAUGAAGCCUUCAUGAACCAAGAAAUCACCAAAGCCUUCCACGUACGGCGCACAAACAGAGUCAAAGAGUGUCUCGCCAAAGGCACUUUCUCCGAUGUGGUUUUCAAACUGGAUGACGGGACGAUCAUGGCUCACAAGCCUUUGCUCAUCUCUAGCUGUGACUGGAUGGCAGCUAUGUUUGGUGGGCCUUUUGUGGAGAGCUGCACUAAAGAAGUCUUGUUUCCGAACACAACUCGCAGCUGUAUGAGGGCCGUGCUGGAAUAUCUCUACACGGGCAGGUUCUGCUCUCGCUCUGACUUGGAUGCGAUGGAACUCAUUGUUCUUGCCAAUCGUCUUUGUCUUCCUCACCUGGUUGCACUUACAGAACUCUACACGGUGACGGUGUUGACAGAGGCAGCAAUGAUGGGAAAUGACAUUGAUGGAGAUGUGCUUGUGUAUUUGGACAUGGCCCAGUUCCAUGGUGCUCAGCAGCUCACUGGCUGGUGUCUCCACCACAUCUGCACCAACUACAACAGUGUCUGCCGCAAGUUUCCUCGAGACAUGAAGGCCAAAUCUGCAGAAAACCAAGAAUACUUUGAGAAACAUCGCUGGCCACCUGUUUGGUACCUGAAAGAGGAUGACCACUACCAAAGAUCACGCAAAGAGCGCGACAAGGAGGACUAUCUGUACCAGAGACGACAGUGCAAACGCAAAUGGCUCUUCUGGAACCUUCCCUCUUCCCCUAACUCAAACUCUUCUUCUGGCUCUUCUGCUGUCAUCUGACCAAAUGGUAAGGACAGAUCUGCUGUGGAGUAGGUCAGUGUGGACAAAUCUUAGUAGAGGAGAAAACCCUGCUGACUAGGUACGCCCCAAUUAUUCAGGCACACGUUUCCUUCCCGUCCUUUUCCUACACUUUUUUUUUCAAAUCCUCCCCCAGGAUUUUGAGGUUAGUUCAGUCCAGCCUUUGCGCCACAGAUAAGUUCUUUGUAUUUUUAGCUUAGUGCACAUGACAGAUAGUCCACAGUGACGUAAACCUCACUGAACUCCUUGUGUUGAUUAUCCUGUGUUUCUUAUGUGUCGAAAUUAUUUUUCCCAAAAAGGACUCUGCUGGCACAGACAUUUUCCACCUAUGAUUCUAACUGAAUACCACUGAACCUGAACUGACAACCAAGUGCUGCUUCUCAGCUGCAACAACCAGCAACUUAACACCAACACAACACAAAGUCUCAGAGAUGUAACACUUUACCCUUAAGUAUUUGUACAAUCUACACAACCACAUGUACAGUACCAUCCAAUCAAACAGAUCCAACCAUAAGAGCCGCUGCCAGAAGUCAGCUACUGUUGUCAUCCACGCUAAUUAAGAUGCUUGUUUGGAUCAGUGAGAAAAUGUGAAAAGUUGUUCAGUUUAUUAAUGUUUGUGUACAACCAGUACGGUUCAGGAAGAAUGUCUCCUACUAUCUUUCCUUGAUUUGUGGCCUCUCAGUUUACAUUUGAAUGCAUUCAAUGACAUGAGACACAGGAGAGUCACAAAUCAACAAAAAUGUCUGUGAUUUAGAUUUAACACCCACAAGAAACAUAAAGAGACUUUUUUUUUUUGCAUCUUGCUUGGUGGAGUUUCUUUUUGCGCAAAUCUUAAGAAAAUUUAUUUUUUGGUAAAUCCAGAUUUUAUCCACUUUGGGUUUGAAUGUCUGAACACUUUGGGUUUGAAUGUCUGAACAGAACAAUUAGCAAAGCUACUGUAUGUCUUUACCUUGUGUUUUAAAGUAGAAAUUUAGUAUUUUAAAACCCAUUCAACACUAUUAAUAAAGGUCAAAAGCAGAAAAAAGAACAUAUAGGUAGGGUGCUCCCAAACAAACGGGUUUUCACCUUUAAAUUAAAAUUUAAAAUUAAAAUUACAAAUCCUAUGCAACAUGAACUAGUUUCUAAACAAACUUAUUGCUUAUAAACAGAUACCGUGGUUGUACAGGCACACACUGACCUGUGCUUCAAUGACUCCUUUUAAGUUCAGUCCACACUAUCCAGUCCUGACUGCUGUCAAAACCACAGCUGUAGAAGAAUUCCCAGAAACCCCUUCAAGUGUGACUAAUAAGGUAAAGGUUUAUGACUAAUUGUACAAGCACUAUAUUCUGCUUCUUAGAUAUCAAGUUAAAAACCAUAGAUGUCCAACAAGAAAUUAUCUUAUGUUACAUCGUACUGGUAUUGAUAUUUGAGCAAAAUAAAUAAUAUAUAGUGUUAUUUUUAUUGGCUGUAAACGGAAAAGUUUUUUGGUUUGUGUAGAAUUUCUUUUUUAAGCAACAUGGACACAAAACGUGUGGCAAAUAUCAGAUAAAUGUUGCAGAGCAGUUUCUUCGAGCAAGGACCCUUUCUUCUCUGACUUCCCAGGUUGUACAAAAAUACACACUAACACCUACAUUACUACCAAAGCAAUCCAUGCAUAUAAAUUGAUUAUGUUUGGAAGACAAUUUGGUCACUUGUAUUUACCAGAAUGGUCUGUCUGCCAAAACAAAAAACAAACAAACAACAAAAAAACAGUUAAAAAGUGUUCUGCAUUUUGAACAAAGUUGUAGUUUCCAGAUUCCUUCAGUAUUAGAUUAUACAGCAUCAUAUCUUCCUAAUAGACCUGAAAUGAGUCACUGUAGUAUAUUCAUUUAAACUAUAUUUAACCACCAGGUGUCUUGAGAUUAAAUCUCUUUUUAAAGUGGAGACCUGGGUUAGAUUAGAAACAAUUGGUGACGAUGACUAUCACUGAGCUGGAUGAUUCCAUACAGCCAACAGUAAAAAGUCCCUGCACGUCAGCACAGGUCAGCUGCGUAAGGCGUGAACAUGCAGGCAAUUUUAUUGUAAGGUAAAGUCAUCUAAAGCAUCUUCUGGCAUUUGUUCCUGAAGAGAUACACACAUACACAUACACACACCGAGCAGAAGCAGCCUGGUGAACGUUAAAAA